UCCAGACCCUGUGGCCUCCAGCCGAGACCCUCCCGGGCUCCGCGGGCGCAUCCCCGGCGGGCGGGCGGCAGGAGGAGGGCCUCCGCGGGGAUCCCGGGGCGCAAUCCCCGAGGGCGACCAGGAGGAAGAGGGCGGCGAAGCCAUGCCCGCGGUAGCGACGUGCGGACCCAACGCGUCCUGGUGGGCGCAGGCCAACGCGUCGGGCUGCCCGGACCGUGGCGCCAACGCCUCAGACGAUGGGGACCCCGCGCCGUGGCCGGUGGACGCCUGGCUGGUGCCGCUCUUCUUCGCCGUGCUCAUGCUGCUCGGCCUGACGGGGAACUCGCUGGUCCUCUUCGUCAUCUGCCGCCACAAGCAGAUGCGGACGGUAACCAACUUCUACAUCGCCAACCUGGCGGCCACAGACGUGACCUUCCUGCUGUGCUGCGUGCCCUUCACGGCCCUGCUCUACCCGCUGCCGUCCUGGGUGCUGGGCGACUUCAUGUGCAAGUUCGUCAACUACAUCCAGCAGGUGCCGGGCUGGAGCCGGGGCGGGGGCGGGGCCUGGGGACCGUGGGCGGGGCCUGGAUGGAGGCGGAGCCUGGGAG